AUGGCAGCCUACCCUCCCGUUGUGACCGGACCCGCGUCGCGCGUGGAGCUGCGCAUCUCUUGCAAAGGCCUAAUCCGCGCCGACUUGCUCUCCAAGUUGGACCCUAGGUGUGGUAGGACAGAAACCAUCAAGAACCAGCACAAUCCCCAGUUUGUCAAGGCAAUAGAGAUGACCUACCAGUUCGAGUGUAUCCAGAAGAUGCGAUUCGAGGUCUAUGAUGUCGACGAUUCCGUCUUGUCCCCCGAUUUCUGUCUCGGGUACACGGAGUGCACCCUGGCAGAGGUGGGUGAGAUCGCAAGCACACAAAAGACGGUCGCACUUUAUGUUAUUAUUGUUAGCCUUCGCUCCCUCACCAAGAAACUCACGAAUGACCAGAUCACUGCUGACUGCGGAACAAUCACUAUUGCUGCUGAGGAGAUAUCUGGCAAUAAUCAACUGCUAGAACUGCAGUUCUCUGCUAAAAGUCUGGACAAGAAGGAUUUCCUUGGCAAGUCCGAUCCUUACCUUGACUUUGCACGACAGAACCCUGACGGAACCUAUUCUGCUGUCCACAGAAUUCCUCAUGUCCUCAAAACUCUGAACCCUCACUGGCCGGCGUUCAAGGUGCAGUCCCGGCUGCUGUGUGGCGGAGAUCCAUCCCGCAGUGUCCGAGUCCGGUGCUACGACUGGGACGAGGCGUCUUCCCCUGACCUCAUUGGCGAGUUCUUUACCACCAUGGCCGAGAUGGGCCAGGCAGCCGAAGGAAAGACGUUGGAAUGGGAGGCCAUUCACCCUGAAAAGAAGAGGAAGAAGAAGAACUACAAGAACUCUGGAACUAUUUCACUCCACAGCUUCAAGAGUACUAAGCUAUACUCAUUCCUGGACUACAUCAUGGGAGGAUGUCAGAUAAACUUCACUAUCGGUAUUGACUUCACGGGGAGCAACGGAAAUCCGAGGAACCCCACCUCGCUCCACUACAUCAACCCUUCCUGUCCCAACGAGUAUACCAUGGCUCUGUGGGCCGUGGGGGGAGUCUGCCAGGACUAUGACACGGACAAACUUUUCCCAGCGUUUGGUUUCGGAGCUAAAGUCGGAGGCAAGGUGUCUCACGAGUUCCCACUGAACGGGCAGUGGGACAAUCCUUACUGUGCCGGGAUCCAGGGAGUGGUUCAAGCCUACCACCAGUCACUGCAGACUGCAGAGCUGUACGGACCCACCAACGUGGCACCCAUCAUCAACCACGUGGCCCAUUUCGCCGCGCAGGCUGCAGGCACCGAUCAGCAGGGACCAUCUACCACGCAG